CUAAGUUGAUGUAAACAUAACUAUUUUGAGAUAAAAGAUCGUGUACAGGCGCGGAGAAUGGGUGGAUGUAUAUGGAUGUCGUGGGCCAAAGACUGCUAGGCAUAUGGGCGAGGGCUGGCUAAAGAAAUGAAUGUUUGUGAGAAGGAGGAGAAGGACAGAGCGGUGUCUCUGUUGUCCUGCUGUCUGUCCCUGAAGAGUGACCAGUCCAAAGAGACUCCUCUUGCCUUCAACAAUGAACCUGGAAGAUCUGACCUGAAACCAAAUAUUUCUGGGAAGGAUGAGGAGGACAGAGCGAUAUCUCCAUUGUCCUGCUGUCUGUCCCUGAAGAGUGACCAGUCCAAAGAGACUCCUCUUGCCUUCAGCACUGAACCUGGACGAACUGACGCAAAUGAGAGGAAAAGGACUAGUAAUGGCAUCAGGGAGCAGCUAUCAUGCUGUGCUUUGUCACAGGACGUCCUGAUGGAUCCAGGGACUACCAGCUGUGGACACUGCCCCUGCAGGCAAUGUAAUGUCUCUUUCCAGGAACAAAAUGAAGCAACAGGAGAACCUGCCUGCCCCAAAUGUGGAAAAAGAUCCAGAAAAUAUCCUGAACCGCAGACAGCCUGUCAAAACAUUACUGAGAUAACCACUGGUAGUAUGCAGGAGAUCUUAGCUAAUCAUAAGCUCAGUUUAAUAGAGAGAUGUCAAUUUGCAAUAGAAGGAACUGCUGAAACAGGACCCCGAACCUACCUGAAGAGGAUCUACACUGAGCUUUACAUCACAGAAGGGCAGUGGGAAGGAAUAAACAUGCAACAUGAAGUGUGGCAACUUGAGACAAUAUCUAAAAUACAGAAACUGUGUGACACUCCUAUCAAGUGCCAUGACAUCUUUAAGGCCUUCCCCAGCCAAAAGAAAUUGAUCAGAAUAGUUCUGACAAACAGCAUUGCUGGCAUUGGAAAAACCUUUGCAGUGUAGAAGUUUGCUCUUGAUUGGGCGGAGGGCCUGGAAAAUCAAGAUGUCAGCCUUGUGAUUCUGCUUUCGUUCAGGGAGCUGAACUUGAUCAAAGAGGAGCAGUACAGUCUUCUGAGGCUGCUUCAUGAUUUCCAUCCAACACUGCACAUGGUGACAGCAGAAAGGCUUGCUCUCUGUAAAGUUUUGCUAAUCUUUGAUGGCCUGGAUGAGAGCAGGCUUUUGUUGGAUUGCCAGAACAAUGAAGUUGUGUCUGAUGUCACACAGACAUCAUCAAUUAGCGUGCUGUUGACCAACCUCAUCAAAGGGAAUCUGCUUUCCUCAGCUCUCCUUUGGAUAACUUCCAGACCUGCAGCAGCCAGUCAGAUCCCUUAUUCAUAUGUUGAUAGGAUAACAGAAGUAAGAGGAUUCACUGAAACUCAGAAGGAAGAGUACUUCAGCAGGAGAUUCAAUGAUGAAGCAGUGUCUUGCAGGAUCAUCUCACAUGUAAAGUCAUCCAGGAGCCUGUACAUUUUGUGUCACAUCCCAGUUUUCUGUUGGAUCACUGCUACAGUAUUGGAGCACAUGUCGACUACAAACAAAGAAGAGCUUCCCAAGACUCUGACUGAAAUGUACUCGCACUUUCUGCUGGUUCAGUCCAAGAGGAAGACACAGAAGUAUGCCAAAGGACAUGAGAUGAUCCAACAGGAGCUGACUGACAGUGAAGUCCUUCUGAAGUUGGGGAGACUUGCAUUUGAACAUCUGGAAAAAGGGAACAUCAUGUUCUACCAAGAAGACUUGGAGCGAUUUGGUCUUGAUGUAAGAGAAGCUUUAGUUUUCUCAGGACUGUGUACAGAGAUCUUUAAAGAGUGUGUUCUCUUUCAGAAAAUGAUUUAUUGCUUUGUUCAUUUGAGCAUUCAGGAAUUUCUUGCUGCUGUCUACAUGGUCCACCAUUACAUGAACAAGAACACAGAUGUACUGGCAGCUUUCUUGGAAAGAGACUGGGAGGGAGAUAUUAGUGACUCAGGUCUGGAUAACUUCCUUAGUAAAGUUGUGGACAAAUCUCUAAACAGUGGGAAUGGUUAUCAGGACCUCUUUGUUCGCUUCCUUCACGGCCUGUUAUUGGAAUCCAACCAUCGUCUCUUGGGAGGUCUGUUGGGAUGGAAAGCAAGCAGUUCAGAAAGCAUCCAAAGAGCAAUAAACAACCUGAAGAAGAUGAAUGCUUAUGAUAUCUCUCCUGACAGAAGCAUCAACAUCUUCCACUGUUUGAUGGAGAUGAAUGACCAAGCGGUGCAUCAGGAGAUCCAAGAGUACCUGCAAUUGGAAAACCGAUCAGCCAAGAAACUCACAAAGACACAGUGCUCAGCUCUUGCCUACAUGCUACAAAUGUCUGACGAGGUUCUUGAUGUGUUGGACUUGAAGAAGUACAACUCAUCAGGUGAUGGAAGAAGGAGAUUGCUCCCAGCUGUGAGAAACUGCAGAGACGCUCGACUCUCUGCAUGUGGACUCUCUGAGUGGCAUUGUGAAGUUCUGUCCUCAGCCCUGAUGUCCAACCCUUCCCAUCUGCGAGUGCUGGAUCUGAGUGAAAAUGACUAUCUGCUGGAUUCAGGAGUGAAGCUACUGUCGGUUGGACUACAAAGUCCAAAUUGUAGGCUCGAGAUUCUAAGACUGAAUAACUGCAGUUUGUCAGAAAGUUGUUGUGAUCCUCUGGCAUCAGUGCUGAAGUCUCCCUCUUCUCAUCUGCGAGAGCUGGAACUAGGUAACAACAACUACCUUAUGGAUUCAGGGGUGAAGCUACUGUCCACAGGACUGGCAAGUCUACACUGUAGGCUCGAGACAUUGAGACUAAGCUGCUGCAGGCUGUCGGAGAUCGGCUGUGGACACCUGGCCUCAGCCAUCAUGUCCAACCCCACCCAUUUGAAAGUGCUGGACCUGAGUAAAAACAAACUGAAGGAUUUAGGAGUAAAUCUGCUGUCUGCGGCACUGGAGAGUCCUCAGUGUAAACUGGAGUUUCUAAGGGUAGAUAGAUGUGGGCUUACAGAGAAUUGCUGUACUUCUGUGGCCUCAGCUCUCAAGUCCAACCCCUCCAGCCUGAGAGAGUUGGAACUGAGUAAUAACGACCUGCAGGAUUCAGGAGUGAAGCUGCUGUGUGCAGGACUUGAGAGUCCACAUUGUAGACUUGAAACUCUGAGAUUGAGGGGAGGAUGGUUGUCAGAGAGUUGUUGUGCUUCUCUGGCUUCAGCUUUAUUGUCCAGCUCCUCCAGUUUGAGAGAGCUUGAUCUUAGUGAAAAUGAUCUACAGGAUUCAGGAGUGAAGUUGCUGUGUGCUGGAUUGGAGAGUCCAUACUGCAGGCUAGAGACUCUGAAGUUAAAGCAGUGUCGGGUCAUGGCUGAAGGCUGUUCUUUCCUGUCGUCAGCUCUGAAGUCCAACACAUCCUAUCUGCAAGAGCUGGACCUGAGCAAAAACAACCUGCAGCAAGCCGGAGCGAAGAUGCUCUCUGACACCUUGGAGAGUCCAAACUACAGGCUGAAGACUCUCCGAAUGGAAGACAUGCAGUCCACAUAGCCAGGACCCAAGGAUUCCUAGGAGAACAUGUAUCGAGAUAAUCGAUGUUACUCACAUCACCUAACCACAACAAUGCCUGGGAAGUUUUGUUAUGUCUUCUUCGCCAUUGUGCUCCAAUCGUCUGCAUGUUCAGAGUAUGAGUGUGGUUGGACACUGAAAAGACCUGACUUGGAGUCAGCAUUCUGAUUAAUCUGAAAAGUCUUGGAUGGGGUUGUGUCACUCAAUGUUCCACCAAAUCUUGGAUUAUAUUUUCAUUGCAAAUGUAAUCAAUUCCAAACAUAAUCUUUUAUUUUAUUACAAGUAAGAUGUCGGUGGAGGAUGGAUGCUGGAUUUCUAAUCUAAAUUAUAUUUCCCUCUGUAAGAGACAUUUUCAGACCACAAACACAGUGUGGACAGUGUUGUUCAUAAACAUUUGGUCAUGUGGUGUAUGACGCUAUGAAAUAUAAACUGCUGUUACAAAAAAUAUUGUCUGUUACGACCAUGUACUAAGGUGGACCAAAUUUAAGUGUUUUGUGGACCCUUGUUUUAUUUUAAGUUAUAAACAAUAAAAACAACUGAGCACAGAGAAAUUAACAGCUGUUGCUUUGGGAUCACAAAGAGAGGUUUUCUGGACACUAUUUUCCUACUCCAGGAUCAGAGAACAACAGUGAAUAGAAUUGAGGUAAUCUAUUUAAAGGGCCAGUGCGUAGAAUUUAGUGGCAUCUAGUGGUGAGGUUGUAGAUUGCAACCGAUUGAAUGUCACUCACCUCCCCUCCAAAGCAGGUGUUUGGUUGGUUCUGGGAAACAUGGCGAUGCAACAAGGCAGACUCCAUGGAAGAAGACCUCCUCCUCAUUUUAAGUUGAUGAAAAAAAAAAUUCAGGUGAUAAUAAGAAAAUAUGAACAUUUUUGCAAAUCGAUCCUGCACACUGGGCCUUUAAACAUAAAUAUCUAAGGAAAAACAUACAUGCAUUCCAAAAUUGAGUGGCAUUCCCCUUUAAUUCUACAGCUUAUUUCAUACAGAAAAUAUGCCACAUAACUCAUUGCAAUCACAAUGCUUUUAUUAUUUUUAAAAGAAGCUAGCCUCACAGUGUCUAACUAUUACACCAUUAACAUUAAACAACCCUUCGUGUGUAAGAUAUGUGCUUAUUUUGUAAAAUAAUGUUUGUCAGUACAAGAUAAUCUGGAUCUACAUAGUUUUUGCUCAUUUUCCUAGCUGGAUCUCUAGGCAGAGUGUGAAGUCAGAAUGGGCUCAUGAUUCUCACUGCUUCUGUCCAUCAAGCAUAAACAAUGUCCCAAUAUUUACGUCAAAGGUAUUCAUGACAACUGGCAUCUAGAAAUCCCAUAACCGUACAAUAUUGCCUCGUCCACGUGGUUGUUGAGUAGCUGACACUCAUCUUAUGCCUCCAGAGUUGCACCUUCUGGUCCUUGUUUAGUCCAUUUUGUAGCCCUUUAAAACUCAGGAAGUACUGGUAAACAAACUGUUUGAGGAUCCCUGAUCAGGUCAAGCUCUCUUAAAGUUCAGCGUGUGGGCAAAUAAAGGGAUCCAGCUCUCAACUGAUUGGAAAAAACCCCCAACCUUUCCACCGUUUUAUCACAGUUAUAAACUCUUCAGUACAGUACAUACCCUGAAUGUCUUACACAAGAUUGAAUAACUUCAGAUCAUUUGCAAGACCCAUUUAAAGGAGUACUGAAAAUUCACCGGUGAGGAUCAUUGUAUAUUUUUAUAUGUAAGAAGGCCAUGCUUUGAAGAGAUUACACAGUAACAAUAAAAUGUCUAAUCUAAUGCUUAUGAUCUAUUUUGUGUGUAAUAUUAACUUAGCAGCUAAUAUUACCAUUCAUUAUGGAUGAGUGCAGUAAAAAAGACAGCAGGAAUGAUGACCAGGACAUGUAGCAAAGGAUGUUUAAUGAUUUCUUUGGACAAUGAAAUGCACAUGUCCAUUGUUGAUGUAAUACAAACAAGAGAAUAAGAAAAUCAACAACUUGGUGCUGUGUCUGCAUUCCCAGUUCAACUUCAUUUCUAGGUUGAUGUCAACUAAAUUCAAAAUGGAGAAUAACAAGAUGUCUGGAGUGUCACGCAAGCACUGACCAGUAGGGGGAGAGCCAGCUCUUACUAAAAUCAAAAUAACUAGUGAGUCAACAUACACUUGUGCAUCUGCUAUGCCUGGUUCUACUCAUGUACCCUUGGCACUUGCGUUUCCGUUUAAGAAACUGAGACUAUGGAAAUAUAAUCCAGUCCUGUAUCAAAGUGUCAUGUCUGUCUGUCUUACAGAGACGAGGCAUGAGCGUAUCAGGAGUGAGCCGAUGCAAACACAAACUUUUGCUGAGAAUGCGCACACAGAUAGCUGAAUUCAUGAUCAGAUUAACUUAAAAAAAAA